AUGGCUUUGAAUACAAACGAGCAUCGCUUCGAGGUUCGGUCAUCAGAUUACUUGUUCCUCUACUACUUGGUGACACUUCUAGGCAGCUUGCUCUCACUCUUUAUCCUGAAUGAUGGCUUCGAUAUCCCUCCGCUCAACGUCCUAGAUGUAGAACUGGAAUACAAUAUCAACAAUGCUAUUGUCGCCAACGGGAAACCAGGCCCACCUCCUAUCAUUGACUUCAAACUAGAGCCGCUACGAUACCUUCUCGCCUUCACUGGAUCCAUCGCGCUCGCAUUCUUCUUUGAAGCCUUGCCUAGAGGUCACACUCGUGUCCAACGCGUUAGCCGUGAGCAGGAGAAUCUGUCUAGAAUGGACCAAGCAAAUCUAUUUUCGAGACUGAUCUUCCAUUAUGCACAACCUAUGAUGUCCCUCGGUGCCAGAAAGAUCUUGACUCCCAAGGACGUGGAAGAACCAAUGCCGGUAGCUCUAAAAACUCAUUCGAACUAUGAGGCUGUAUCAGCUACAUGGGAAAAAUGUUUAGAGCGAUACCAAAGUAAACAUAGCAAGCAUCAAAAGAGUAGAAACAAGAUCGAAAAUGAGAGAAAGAGAGAGCAUGGUAGCAGCAAGAAGACAUACUUCGAGUCAGACCCCAUCACACUCCAAGGAGGCCCAUCAUUAAUUCUCACAGUAUUAUAUGCAUACAAGUGGCGCGUUUUCUUUGCCAUGGCCAUCCGUCUAUUGAGCUAUGCGCUCCGGUAUGUCCCUAUUUAUUUAUUUAGUCACCUACUACGAUUCUUUGCAGAUUAUUCUGAGGCUGUCAAAAAACAUUUACCGCACCCAGCAAUCACCAAUGGCAUCUUAAUCUCCGUGGGGAUCUUUGCAGGAACAUUUUUCAGUGGAUUGUUCCUGUCCAUGUCCUCGAAUGCGUGCUCAUAUUUGGGUAUUGAGAUCCGCGGUGCUUUAGUAGCUAUGAUCUACAGAAAGUCGUUGAAGCUGUCACCACACGCAAGGAGUAAAUCGACAUUAGGUGAAAUCAGCAAUCUUAUGGCCGUUGAUGCUGAGAGUUGGAUGGUGGCCCCUAAUUUCCUACCAUUGACGCUCACUAUCCCAUUUGAGAUUGCAAUCGCUGUUUUCUUACUCUAUCGGCUGCUAGGCUGGUCCUUAGUUGCGGGUUUGGCAGUGUUUGCGAUCAUUAUGCCAAUCCAGACUAAGAUGGCUGGCCUCCUCCACUCGCAUCAACGAGAGAAACUCAAAGUCGCAGAUAAGCGCUUAGGACUUAUGACUGAGAUCCUUGCGAACAUCAAGAUUGUUAAGCUUCAAGCUUGGGAAGAUGCCUUCCAUCGAAAAAUUGACAGUCUACGCUCUCAAGAACUUGGUGCACAGAGGGCCUUGGCCACUGUCCGCGCUUUUUUGGUAAUCGUCUUCUCGUCCGCCAUCCUGUUGAUCGCGCUUGCAACAUUCUCUGUUUAUGCUUAUUGGGGAGGACCUGGCUUCACACCUGCCAAAGUAACUCCUGAGAUUGUCUUUGUCGGGAUUACUCUCUUCAUAACAAUGGGCCGCCCUAUGGGCCUAGUCCCGCAGGCUAUUUCACAUGUGAUCAUGCUGAGAAGUGCCAAUGGCAGAAUUCGAAAGUUUUUACUGCUUGAAGAAAUCGAUUCCACAGCAGUGGAGCGGUAUAGCCCUCAAGAUUCACCUGCAGAACUAGCUGCGGCAUCAUCGACUCUGGCUUCUCCUUCUUCAAAGACUGUGGAUGGAAAAUGGGUGGCAGUCGAGAUUGAGAACGGAACAUUUACAUGGGGGAGGGCAGCAGGCGAAGACUUUGGUGCGGCUACUGUUGCUCCUGCUGAGAUAACAGCAAGUCUAUCCGAGGAACAGGCAGCACAACAACCUUUGUUGGGUUCUAAACCGCAAGCAACAUAUUCUUCGUCCGCAUCAUCUACGCCUAAUCGUCCCACUCUCAUGAAUAUUACUGUACAGAUCCCUCGUGGCCACUUGACUGCUAUUGUCGGACGGAUUGGCCAAGGCAAGUCCACGAUUCUCUCUGCCAUAAUCGGCGAAAUGUACAAGCUCCAAGGUGCUGUCAGAGUAUUUGGAAACCUGGCAUAUGUUCCGCAACAAGCAUGGAUCAUCAAUGCGACUCUUCGGAACAAUGUUCUAUUUGGCAAACCCUUUAUACAAGAUAAAUAUGAUCACAUCAUCAUGGCUGCUGGACUCAUUCCAGAUAUCGAGAUGCUCCCAGCAGGCGACUCGACAGAAAUUGGGGAGCGUGGAAUAAAUCUAUCAGGAGGCCAGAAACAACGAAUUGCAUUGGCACGCGCAGCCUAUCAAGAUGCAGAUAUUUACUUGCUAGACGACCCUUUGAGCGCUGUGGAUGCUCAUGUAGAUCAACAUCUGUGGCAGCACUUGAUUGGGCCUAAUGGACUCUUGAAGGACAAGACCAGGCUACUAGUGACACAUGGGAUCCACCAUUUGGAAUAUGUAGACCAGAUCAUAGUACUAAAUGAUGGAAGAGUCACCGAGACAGGAGAGUACCAAGAGCUAAUGCGAGCCAAGGAAGCGUUCUAUCAACUGAUUACAGACUAUUCAGUUCAAGAAAAGAAGAAGCAGCAGGCACAACUUCUGGCGCUAGAACAUGAGCAACAACAGCGGAUAGCAUCUGAGUCCAUCGGGGAUAUCGACAAAAAUACUUCAACGGAAGCCAGAGAAGUAUUUACAAAGCAACCUGAUACUGUAAUGGGUGCUAGACCUGAAAACGGCGAAGCUAAACAGGAUGCAGAUAUGGCCGCGACUGACCACAGUUGCAACAGCAGCAUAAAGUGCAAGGGAGAUCUCAUUGGUAUGGAGAAUCUUGAAGUCGGCAACGUUGGGUGGGGGGCCUACUGGGAGUAUGCCAAAGCUAUUUCGCUUCGUCAGGCCUGUAUUUGCUUACUCCUGUAUACACUCGCCCAGGGUUGUCAGAUCAGUACUAGCUUUUGGCUUCGUUACUGGGUCACACAAGAAGAGAAACAAAGCUCGGAUCGCCAUUCGACUGCUUUUUACUUGAGUGGAUAUGCGCUCUUGGUUGCCGUAUAUAUAGCUAUGGAUGUCACGGUCAGCUAUAUGACCAAUGUUACUUGUGGUAUCCAAGGCGCCAAGGCUUUGCACGAUGGGUUAUUGGUGCGUGUAUUGCGCAUGCCCAUGAGUUUCUUUGACACCACUCCCAUGGGGCGGAUAGUCAACAGGUUUUCAUCAGAUGUAACAGCUGUGGACAGUCAGAUUCCUGAACAGCUGCCUGCUCUACUCGGUUGGAUAUUCACGUCGCUAGGGAUCAUUGCUGUCAUCGCUUAUUCAACCCUGCAAUUCCUCAUCGCUGUAAUCCCAUUGACAAUCAUUUUCCUUAUGAUUCAGGCCUAUUACAUCCGCACUAGCAGUCAACUCAAACGUUUCCAAUCUGCCGCAAAAUCACCACUCUAUCAGCACUUCAGUGAAUCACUUGCAGGUGUAUCCAUCAUUCGUUGCCAGACAGGACUGGUAACACAGUUCAUUAUUGAGAAUGAGAGGCGAUCAGACAGUUAUGCUCAAGCAAGCAAUCUGUUCCUACUGACAAAUCGAUGGCUCACAAUCCGGACACAGGUGAUCUGUGCUCUAGCAGUCUUUCUGACCGCUGCGUUGGCUGUACUAAAUGCAGAUCGAUUGGACCCGAGUCUUGUGGGAUUAGCAUUGAGCUAUGCACUGAAUCUAUCCAAUGUAAUUGCAAUCUUGGUACGAACCUCCGGGGAUGUCCAGAAUCAGUUUGUAAGUGUGGAGCGGAUCCAAGAAUACUCACAUAAGCCAACUGAGGCGCCUUUGGAGACCCAUGUACAUCUUCCAGAAGACUGGCCAAGCGAGGGCAAGAUUUCAUUCAACAAUUUUUCUGCACGCUAUAGAGAGGGACUUGAUCUGUGUAUCAAACAUGCCACCUUUACAGUAGAACCUCAGCAAAAAGUAGGAGUUGUUGGAAGAACAGGUGCAGGCAAGUCUUCACUGACAUUGGCGCUGUUCAGGCUAAUUGAGGCUGCAGACUCAUAUUGGGCCAAAGCUAGUGAUCCAUCUGCUCCGAAGGAACUGUUGGCAACAUCGUCGUCUGAUCCAUUGGAUACCAAUUCAUUGCUUGUCAGCUAUGGUCGAGACAUUGAUGGUGGUGUAAUUGCAAUUGAUGGAGUGGACAUCUCCACCUUAGGUCUGAGAGAUUUGAGAAGACAUCUGUCCAUCAUCCCCCAAGAGCCGACUCUGUUUGCUGGCACUAUCCGCGACAACCUGGAUCCGUUCCACGAGUUGGAAGAUGCUGAUCUAUGGGAAGCCUUGGACCGUGCUCAUCUGAAGGGGUUCAUUUCGUCGCUUGCAGGUGGACUGUCCUCUGAGGUUGCACAAAAUGGCGACAACUUCUCAUUUGGGCAGCGAGCCUUGGUCUGUCUUGCAAGAGCUCUGCUGAAGAAGACAAAGAUCUUGGUGUUAGAUGAAGCAACAGCAGCAGUGGAUGUGGAGACAGAUGAGAUGAUCCAGCGGACAAUCCGAGAGGCGUUUAAAGAUCGGACAGUGAUUACGAUUGCACACCGGAUCAAGACAGUGAUGGACUCGGACAUGAUCCUGGUGAUGGAACAAGGAAGAGUCAAGGAGUAUGGACCGCCCAAGGAACUGUUGAGGAGACGUGAUGUAUCACUGUUCUAUAAGCUUGCGGAACAAGCAGGGGAGGUCUGA